CACACUAUGGGCCGCAAGAACGCGCGCGCAGUAUCCACGCGCGUCUUCUCCGCCUCCUCCUCCGGAGGUGGGAAGCGCAAGCAGCGCCGCGAGCCGCAGGCCGCCGUUGACGACACGUACACGUUCGACGAGAAGCUGCCGAAGCGGCACCGGACGUCGGCGCAGCAGCUGAGCCUUACGCGGGAGGAGGCGGCGGAGCGGCCGGGGCGCGAGGAGGACGAGGACGAGGACAUGGCUGCGCGGAUCCGGCGGGUCGCGAUGCAGAUUGCGGGCGACGACGGGGCCGAGGUCGGCGAGAGCGACGACGAGGACAUUGACUCGGACGAGGCGUGGGAGGAGGACGGGAGCGACGAGGAGCGCUGGGGCGAUGUGUUUUCCAACCUCAAGAAGGGGAAGGGGAAGAAGGGGCGAGAGGUGGUGAUGAAGCCUGCGAAGCCGUUGAAUGUCAACCUUGAUGAGACGGAUGAGGAGAGCGACCCGGAGGUGGAGCGCUCGCCACGGACAGCUUUCAAGUCGGCGUUCCCGGACGAGGAGGGCGAGGGUGAUGAGGACGGGGGGGAGGAAGAGGAGGAGAUGGAUGGGGACGAGGAGAUGGCGGACGAGGACGAGGAGGAGGAUGAGGACGACGACGACGACGAAGAGGUCUUCGACGAGGACCCCGAACUCCCCUCCGACCUCUCUGACGACGACGAAGACGCCGGGCUAGACGGCCUCGACGCCUUCGUCGACAGCCUCGCCAGCGCCGACAAGAAGCGCAAGGCGGAUACCGGCGAGCCUGCGGCCAAGAAGCGGCGCGUGCUGCCCGUCCAGGCCGCUCCUGGUGUCGGCGACGGCGACCUGGCUCUGAAGAGCAAAACAAAAGUCGACCUUGCAUCGCUUAUCUCGUCCAACCCCGCGCUGUCUGGCGCGAGCGCCCUGCUUCCCUCCAAGACGGACAAGAAGUCGUCCUCGGUUCUCAAGUCCGGCGUGCUCCCGGCGCCGCUCCCGACUGUCGUGCAGGACCGGCUGGACCGCGAAGCUGCGUACGAGAAGACGCGCGAAGAGGGGCAAAAGUGGAGCGGGUUGAUGAAGCGCGUCAAGGAGGCCGAGCACCUCUCGUUCCCGCUGCAAGCCAAGGCGCGCGGGGGGAACAAGAGCGCGGGCGAAGUCAUUGCGAGCUUCAAGCCCGAGGGCGAGCUCGAGAGUGCGGUCGACGCGCUCCUCUCCGCCGCCAACUUGACGGACAAGGGUGUGGCCGCGGCCGAAGACGAGGCGCUGCGCGGCCAAGAUUUGUCGCCGGAGGAGAUUGAGGCGCGGCGCGCCGAACUGCGGUACCAGCGCGAACUCAUGUUCCGGGCCGAGCAAAAGGCCAAGUACGUGAGCAAGAUCAAGAGCAAGACGUUCCGGAAGCUUGCGCGCAAGCGCAAGGCCAAGGCGGCGGCGGACGGGGUCUCGCUCGAAGACUUGGAGCGGCUGGACCCCGACGCGGCGGAGGAGGAGCGCGAGCGGCUGGAGCGGGAGCGGGCGCGGGAGCGCGCGACGCUGCGCCACGGGGCGCGCAGCCGCUUCGGCCGCGGCGCGGACGGCGAGGGCACCGAGGCCGAGGCGGCCGAGCGGCGGUCGCAGCGCGUCGAGAUGCUCGAGCUGCGCGACAAGUUGCAGCGCAAGAUACAGGGGCGGGACAGCGGCGAGUCGAGCGAGAGCGAUUCGGGCGACUCGGGCGACGAGGGCGACGAAGAGGCGAUCAAGGCGCGCGCGUUCGACCAGCUCGCGGCGCUCGACAAGGCCGAGGCGCCGGCGGGCAAGAAGGGCCUCAUGCAGAUGAAGUUUAUGCAGAAGGCGCAGGAGCGGCGGAUGCGCGAGGUCGCGGACGAGGCGGAGGCGCUGCGCCGCGACAUCGACAUGUUUGGCGAGGAGAAGGAGAGCGAGAGCGAGGACGAGGACGCCGCGCAGGUCCUCAAGCUCGGCGAGGGGCGGAUGGUGUUCUCUGGACCUGGCGAGGCCGGGGAUGCACCUGCCAAGGCGGGCACGGACAAGGCGGACAAAGCCGAGGUCAAGGAAGUGUCGCGCUACGAGCCGUCGCUGUCGCCAGAAUCCGUCUCCAACCCGUGGCUCGACGCGUCCGCUUCCGCCGGGCCGUCGCGCAAGAAGAACGCCGUCAACAAGUCUUCCGAGGCCAAGGCUGUGCGUGCGCUCAAAAAGGCGGCGCGGCCAAAGGACGAGGACGUGGAUGCGAUCGAGAUCUCGGUUGACGUGGGCAAGAAGCUGUCGCGCGCCGAGAAGAAGGCCGCGGCGUCAGCGUCUGCGGCUGCGCCGGCCGACGCCGACUCGUCGGACGACGAGCUCCUCCCCGCCUCGGGCGUGAAGGCGUUCACGCAGCGCGCGCUCGUGGCCGAAGCGUUCGCGGGCGACGACGUCGUCGCGGACUUUACGGCAGAGAAACAGGCGGCAAUCGACGCGGACGCGCCGCAGACGGUCGACACGACGCUGCCUGGCUGGGGCGGGUGGGGGGGCAAGGGUGUGCGGCAGCGCAAGAAGAAGCGCACAGCGACGACGGCGGGUGUGUCCGCCGAGGCGCGCAAAGACGCGGGGCGCGCCAACGUCAUCAUCUCGGAGAAGAAGGACCGGAAGGCCGCAAAGUUCUUGCCGACAGACCUCCCGUUCCCGUUCACCAGUGUGCGGCAGUACGAGGCGCAGUUCGCGAAUCCGGUGGGCAGCGAGUGGAAUGCGCGCGCCGGGUUCCAGCGCCAGACGAUGCCGCGGGUCACGAAGAAGCCGGGGGCGAUCAUCGAGCCGAUCCGCCGCUUGUUUUAGAUGCAUGUAUUGGAGAGCCUGCGGAGCAAUUGUGGAGGGUGCGCGAUCGAUGAUAUGUGGUGUGGUUGG